AUGGCAACACCUCGUAUCUCAGCCUGCCUCCCCCCUGAUGUAGACCCCACCAAAGCUGCUCUGGCCUUUGGGAGGAGGGCCCUUCCCAAACUCAAUGAGGAGCUGCAGUCUCCCGAGCUGCUGAGCCAGCAGCGGGCGCUGAUGGCUCUCUGCGAUCUGGUCCAUGAUCCAGAAAAAGUCUACCAGGCAAUAGCGUUAGGAUUCUUGGACAGCCUGAAGACUUUGCUGGUGCAUCAAGACCAAACUGUCCGGCAAAAAACAACAGAAGUUCUCUCUGUAAUGGCUUUUCACAGUACUGGCAGGGAAGGGCUAAUACGAAGUGGAGUCAUUUCUGCCCUCACUGGGCUCUUGGAUGAUCCAGUAGAUAUCUGUCGGAAGAACACCCAUCAGAUUUUUGACAUGCUGGCAAAAUUACCUGAAGGGGCUGGCAGUGUCCUGCGGGCUGGCUUGAUUCCCACCCUGGUCCUGAAGCUGAACACAGAGUUGGAUGAGAUCCAGGAGCUAAUCCUUGAUACACUCUCCAACUGUCUCCGUGUGGAGGUUUCUGAAGCCCUGGCAGCUGGUGCCCUUACUGUUCUGAAGGAAAAGCUCUCACACCCCUCCACAGCCAUCAGGAGCAAAGCAGCCUGGGUCCUCUUAGAAAUCAGUUCUCAUGCCGAGGGGAAAACUGCGGUGUGCAAAGAAGAGGUGAUUCCCGUGCUGGUGAGCCUGCUGGAACACACAGAGCCCGAAGUUCAAGCUAACUCAGCAGGAGCGCUGAUGUUUGCUGUUGUUACACCUCAGGGGAGAUCCUCAGCCAUGGGUGCUGAAGCCGUUCCACCUUUACUGGCGCUGGUUGCUGAGGAAACCAGCAAAGCGCGUUUGAACGCAAUCCAAACCCUCACCCUGCUGGCUGAGCUGCCAGAGGGCCGCAAGACGCUGCUGGGUCACAGGGGCGCGUUUCAGCGGUGUCUGCACGAUCCCAGCGAGGCCGUGCAAAGAGCUGCCGAAAUCGCCAUCGCCGUGAUCGACUGGAAACCCUUCUGCAGCCGCGAUCUUUUCUAG